AUGGCCUCACCCCAAGGAAUCCCGCAGCCUUGUCGACUCCAGGUACGGCUCAAGACACCAGGAGACCCGAAGUUGAGGCGGCUGGCUGGUGAAGCACGGCCACUCACUCACCUGACCAAGGGGAGGAAGCGGGCAAGCCCCCAAAUCCCAGCCCCAGCGAACCCUUCGCGGAGGGAGGAGCCAGUGAAGAGAAUAACAGGAAAUGACGUCAGGCGCACGUGUUUCGUGAGCGGCUGGCGCCAGGCUUUUGAGACGCGCGGCCACGGCCUGGCGCCUGCGCAGCCGCUGCCUCCCGCGUAG